AUGCCUCCGAUCGCCCAGAAUAGCUCCAGAGGUAAGAAAGGACAGGCUCUGGAGAGUGUACGAUCAAGCCUUCUGAUUCCUUCAAGUUUAAGUCCACAAGCUGGAGAGAAUGUAUCUUCAGCAGCAGUUCAAGAUGAAUCGCACAAUGAGAUGCUCUGGCGCCCUUUCUGGUUACGGGGUGCUAUCAUUGGAGCAUUCUGCGUCCUAUUCUCUGCCUGCACAGUAGCGAUAUCAUGUAUCGCAUCCUAUUCAAACGGCCACGAUGGCUUGAAUAACGCUCAGAAGGGUCUGAAACACCUGUGGAGAUUUGGUCCUACUGUCUUCAUCACACCCAUCUCUAUAUUAUGGUGGAGAGCUGAACUGCAGACCCUCAGAUAUUGGCCUUGGAUCUGCCUAAGGAGAGCGAAGCAUGGUGAUAAACCAGGCACGAAUGAGCUCGACUAUACCUCGCUCAUCACACCGAACGUCCUCAUCACAUCUCUCAAACGCAGAGAUAUAUUCGUCUUUCUCGUCGUUUUAAUUUCGGUGUUACUAAAAGUUCAGAUCGUUCUUUCUGCCAACAUCUUCCAGCUGAUAACCAUGGAGGUCACGGAGCCAAUUCAAGUCCGUGCCCUUACUUCAUUUGAAGCAACGAAUGAUCUAAGCAACUCAUCCAACGCAAUAGCAUACUUCAAUGCAAAAGCUAUGCAGAACUUUGAUAUGGAGCUUCCCUUUGGCGUCUCAAAUGAAUGCGCCUAUCAAACAUUUGAACUGCCCGGGCCAGGUCCCAGCUCCCGCGGCACUGUCGAGAGCCCCAUAGAAGUACAAGUUGAUGGAUUAUUUGUCGAUGUGAGAUGCGAGCCGUUACACAAUUACACCUAUCAGAGAAUCUAUAACCAUGUACAAUCAUAUUAUUUUUCCGCUGAUCUCAAGUUCCCAAGUUGCGAGACGCUCGCCAACUUUGACUUGGUUCAGAUGCAUGGAAGCCAACUUCCGAUGCCUUUCGAGGAAGUAUUUUCGAAUGCUACAAAUCCUCAUCUAUGCUCGUCUCUUAUACAAGCAAACACUCAGUUCUUGUAUUAUUCAGGGCUUCUCACAGCUUCUCAGCACAAUCAAUCUAUCCCAGAACUCAACAAGCUUGCUGCCGCUAUAUGCUCCUCAAGAGCAUACAUCUCCAAAGUUCAGGUCGUGGACAACGGUAUUCGCCCAAAUAUAACGAGGCUACCUGGCGCAGAAGAGAUUCUCAUUCCCUCCGACCCAUGGCAAAUGGUAGUCGAACUUCUAGAAGCCGCUGGCAGAGGCUUGGGGAAGGACAUUAUUGAAGAGCAAUCUAUCUUAUCUGGCAAAAAGCUCAACAAUGGGAAUGAGACUCAAUAUCAAAGCGAUAUGCUCCAGCAAAGUAUGUCGUCCUUCAUUGGGACGUUGAGUCCAUUUAUCGCGAACUAUAUCCUCCGCCAAGAUACUGAAAAGGAUAUCCCUGGGUCUAGAAUAAUAAAAGUCGAAAGGCUACAGGCAAACAAGGGCAUAUGUGUGGCAAUGGCCGUAGUCUUUGGUAUAAUGGCCCUGAUUUCCCUAUGGGUCGUUUUUUACUCCAAAGGGAUUGCGAACGUUUGGUAUAGAGACCCGGCAACAAUCCUCGGAUCUAUGCUGUAUUUCCUCGGGAAUCGACAUCGAGAUCCGUUCAUCUAUUCUUCUUUGUCGAAAACGCGACGUAAGAUGAAAGCCGAGUGGAUCAAAGCUGAAACUUACUCCCCUUUGGUUGUUAGGAAAUCUUCCCGGAUUUUCUUCGUCGUAUACACCAUUGCGCUUAUAGCUGGAUUGUCGGCGACAUUGAGAAUAUCUUGGCGCUCGCAAGGGCUGGCUACCGUCACGGAAGAUAAGAAUCCGCUGUUGUGGAGUUCUCUGCCAGUAUUGGCAUUUCUCAUUGUCGCCAUGUACACAACCUCUUCGGAUGCCACUCUAAGAAAUCUAGCCAUCAUGUCUAAAUUAAACAUCGAUUUCUGUUCGGCUGAUCAACUGGAUAUAUCUCUACUUGACAUGAUAGGUUUAAAGGCUUUAUAUCACUCCAUCCGGCUGAAGAUCUACUCAGUGACGUUGUCACAUCUUCUCGCUACCAUUUGCCUCUUUUUAACAGCACUGUCGACUGUCCUAUUCACGCCUACUAUUAUCCCACAGAAGACAAUCAUGGAAUUUCCGCAAACCAGCUGGUUUGGGACUCGUGUCUUGGAAAAGUCGCAAGAAACCAACUCCGAUACUCGGCUAAAUCUAGAUAGCCUCAUUCUCACCAGAGCCUUUUCCAAUUUCACGUAUCCAGAAUCCACUUACGAGGGUCUGGUGUUUCCUUCUCUGGAUAUAAAUAACCCGGAAAUCAAUUGGAAGUCUGGAAUAUCAGCCACGGCCAGGAUCCCAGCAGCGAUGUUAAUGCCUACAUGUGGUCGAGUUCCCCGCGAUGAUUACAGCUUGGUUUCUGAUACUGUCAAUACAGGUACGGAUUAUAUUUACGGAAUCCGAGCAAUAGAGAUCUUCAAUUGCAGCGAUGGCACGGAAACUCAAUUAAUCAACUGGAUCGACUCAAGUAGCAAGGCCUGGAGGGACAAGCGGUCAUACAUCGCCGGCAUUCUUGCGUCCCUGGAUAAUCCUGUUGUUAAAGCUCAGAACUGCAAAAAAAGCCAAAACCAAAAGCCGGAUCCAAUGAUAAGUUAUCAGCCGUUUAGGGUACAAACGUACUUGUGGGGAAAUUUCUCUGUUGGAUCAAGCAACGAGGAUGGUGGCUUUGAGUACAUUUCUCUUUGGAAAUGCAACUACACUUGGGUCGAGGUCAUGGCGGAAACCAAGCUCACAUGGACUGACGGACACCUCGCCAUCAACCAUACGGAUCCUCCCAAAAUCGACCGUUCAAGUACCAAACCCUGGAGCCCGCCAUUUAGCGUUCCCCAAUUUGAUGGAAACCUACCAGAAGGCCCUUCCUCCCCUUCCUCCCUCGGCGUGUUUUCACAGCAGCAUUAUAUAAAUGAGUUGAUCGACAGAUUUGGCGAUCAGUUCAAAGCUAUCGUAAAGCCAUAUGGCCCAAUCGCGGUCGAAGACUUUGAUAAUCCAGAUAAGGAAUCUGAAAUUCUGGAGGCUCUUCAUUUUAAUGUCGCGAUGGCCAGUGCUCAGCUUGUCAAUGUUGAGCAGAGGUUCAACAUCAACGAGACCUCAAAUGUGGCUCCCAAAGAACACGGAGAGCUCCCCAAAGUUAAGGCUACAAUCCUGGACCCAGACCGGACUCGAUUGGUCCAGAACACGGCAGUUACUAUCGCAAUUCUGAUAAUACUUUGUAUUGUUGCCAGUGUUAAUAUCUGGGCUUUGGUGUCUGCCGCGUUACGCCGUUAUUACGGUACACGUAGCUGGCUUAUCGACAUGGAGUUCAAGGGGGUAGCACCGGAUGAUUUCAAUAGUAUUGCAUUGACGGAUGCUCUGCUUCACGAUUCCAAUAUCAAAGAGUAUUUGGCGGAGGAUUUGCAACUUACGCCGGCAAACAAGAUAUAUGAGGACCUGCGGGAGCUCUCCUUUGCGCUGGGUUGGUUUGGUGGAUAUGGACACUGGGAGGAUGAAGCUGAAUUGACUAUUGGAGUCUUGGACGACGAACAGUCUCCAUUUCUAGGAUAUAGGCAAGGGCAGAAAUAG